AUGUCAAGCAGCAGCUACGAGCCCCAGGAUGAUACACCUGAUUUUCCUAGCGAGACAGAUGAACCAAGGAAGGUAAUCUACGAUUCUUCAGAUGCCCAACCCUCUUCACACCAGCUGCAGCGUCUUACACUUGCAUCAUCCCCUCCUGUCUUGCCGCGAAAACGGAAACGGGUUGAGAAAUGGGCGUGGAACAAGAGAGAAAACCAUUUGCGGCGGGCAAAUGCCUUGCCCAUAACAUCCUACAGGGAUCUUCUUAUUCAAGCUACCGAUGAAAUUGCUCAGGAGCCCAAUCAUGGAGCACCCAUCCAUAGCUCACAGUUUGGCAUAGUUAGGUGGAGCACAGAGGAGAAACUGGCGCUCUUUUCAGCGCUUGCAAGGAAGGGUAAAGGCGCUAUCUCGGAAAUAGCCUCUUCUAUAGGCUCCAAAAGCCGAAUAGAAGUCCAGCAGUAUAUCAUGGGGCUUGAGCAGGCGCUACGAGAGCACCAUUUAACGGAAAAGAAAUUUCGGUGCAUAACCUUUUCAGAUAUACAUGCGGCAGCCGAAAUCAGUGAUGAGUGCUGUCUCGCGCUGGAAAAAGCAGCCAACGCACUCUCUGUGCAGGAAGAACAAGCGCAUAACGUUUCAGGGAAGCGAAAAUAUAAAGACAUGUGGCUAGUAGACAGUAACGCUGCUUCAUUCUUGGAAGAGAAGAUUCAAACCAAAGAUAUCAGCGAUGUCGACCCAAGUGCACACCAUAUGUUAGCUACAGCUCAACUGUUCCACAUACCGAAUUGGAUCAAUCUUUCAAGAAACGUCUUUAUGAACUUCGGAGGUCAUCGUAUAGAAGAUAAUUGGACCAGGGUAUGUUUUCAUGAAGAGACUCCUGCCGUGACGUGUGAUAGCUUUACCGACUUUUAUACGAUCGCUGUCAGUUUGACACGAAGAUUGGUGCAAUCUUCUAUAUUCUUCGCGCUCAUGAGGAUUCGUGCCAUGGAUGAACGAGGCCGAGACCGAGACAGAGUUAUCCGGAAAGAUGAUGUCAUUAAUGCAUUAGAUACACUAAAAGUACAGCACAAUACCCGUGAAUUCUGGAUAUACGCAGCAAGGCGGUGCUCAUUAGACGUCCGCGAGUAUGUUAGCAAAAACAGCUUCAAGACCACGUUACUCUCCUAUGACGAGGUUGAAAAGCGGCUAUCUUCUUCCAGUCUGGAGCUAGCUGAGCCACGGCACAAAGAACCUGAAGAUCAAGAAGAGGCCCAGGAGGAGGAUGAUGAAGAGGAACCCCAGCAUGAGGAGGAGGAGGAGGAGGAGGAGGGCAGCGACGUACUACUGAUGAACAAUCCAGAAAGAUACACAGUGGAAGAUUCCUCUUCUUCGUUUGAGGGCUCGGAGACCGACGUGUCGAUGGGAGAUGUCUCAUCUUCAGGGACAGAUGAGGAGUUGUUAUCAGAUGAGGAAGAGAUAUAUGCUAUGGCUAUUGAUAAAGAAACCAGCCGUGGGGAAGAAAAGCGGCUAUGGCAGAUAUUGAACCCGACUCCCAAAUCCGAGUCCGAUAUCAAAGCAGAGAUGGAAAGCGACGAUGAAGGGCUAUUCUCAAGCUCUAGACGAAGAACAAAACCACUGACAAGAAGAAAGACGAUCCAAGAUCUUCAAGAUUGGAGGAAUGCGGUAUUGCCUAUGGCUGACUGGGAGCUAUUUGGGCCGGAAACGUUGUCAGUCAACGAGGAAAUCCGUGAAAACCACCGUAUAAAACGGCAGAAAAUAAGCAAUGAGGAACAAACCGGAUAG